GUUUUGGCGGAGUUGUCCCUGCAGGCUGCCGUAACAGCCUCGUUAGAAGAGCAAGCGUGUCCUUUUGGAUAUGGCGGAACGAAUGGCCACAUCAUCAUAGAGUCUGUCGACGCGUUGUACCCCUGGUAUCAGCAUGGACAACCCAAGAGGGUGGCGACGUACGACCAUCGCUGCGCCGUCCCUCUGUUGCUGUGUCUAUCCGCGCACGACAACGCAACUCUGUGGAAGAAUGUCGAGGCGGUAUCGGCCGUGGCCUCCGACUACUAUGUCGCUGACCUUGCCCACACCCUGAAUCUGCAUCGCACCAUGUUCUCCAACAGGGCGUUCACCAUUGCGAGAGAGAAUCAGGUUAGCGAAGCAUUCGCCCGGGAUGCUCUGCAGCAGGGGACAGUUCCCAAGCGACCGGCCACGAAUGUAGGGUUCUUGUUCACCGGCCAAGGGGCUCAAUGGACAGGCAUGUUCAAACAUGCCUUAGUGGACUAUCCCUUCAUCAUGGACAUCAUUGACAGGCUUGAUCUCGUUCUCCAGAGACUCGAUCCGCCGCCGACGUUCCGCAUCGCCGAAAUGCUCACGGGCGGAGAGGACGCGGAUGCAGCCUCGUGUAUCAACGAUCCCGACGUCGCCCAACCGCUGUGCACCGCCGUUCAGAUCGCCAUCAUCGACCUCCUUGCCCGCUGGGGAGUCGCUCCCACCGUGUCAGUAGGACACUCCUCUGGCGAGAUAGGCGCCGCCUACGCGGCUGGUCUAAUCAGUGCGCCCGAAGCCAUCAUCGCCGCCUUUUGCCGCGGUCGUGCGGUGAGCGAAGCCUCUUCCCCAGGAUCCAUGCUGGCCGUCGGCCUGGGAGCAGGUCAAGUCGCCGAGUUUCUCCCCGACGACGCAGGCAGGGUCUGUAUAGCCUGCGAGAACUCCCCCAGCAGCGUCACGCUCAGCGGCCAGGUCGAGGAGAUCUCCCGUCUUGGCGCAGAUCUGACGACCCGCGGCAUCUUUGUUCGCGAGGUGAAGACGGGGAGGGCGUACCACUCCCCGCACAUGGGCCCUGUCGGCGCCGUAUACGAUGACAUCCUCGCCACGGAACUCCGUACCCUCACGACGGCCGACUCGCAAUGGCGCCGGCCAAGGUCGGACAUGGUAUCUUCUGUCUCGGGCAGCCUCAUCACCUCUGAGACUUUGCCGCAGGGAUACUGGAGCGCCAAUCUCCGCCAGAGAGUCCGCUUCAAUGACGCCGUCCAGGUCGUGUGCGAAGACGAGAGGUUCAGACCGGUAACGUUGAUGCUUGAAAUUGGGCCGCACGCCGCUCUAUCGGGUCCCUUUAAGCAGAUCUGCUUGGCCAACCAAGCGGAGCGGUUGAAGUACGUGCCGUCCCUCAUCCGAAACAAGAACGAUACGGAGCAGCUCCUCUCGUUGGCCGGAGCACUCUUCCUCGCUGGCUACCCCGUCAGCCUGCAAGACGUCAAUGCCGAAAGCUAUCGCAAUACCCACGGCUCCGCCGUCACGAAAGGGUCGAUGAGGAAGCCCAAAACGCAGUACCUGCUUGUCGGCCUGCCCCCGUACCAAUGGAACUACGCGAAGAGGUACUGGGCAGAACCCCGAGCCAUCAUCGAACAACGCGCCCCAAGCCACGCUCGGCACGACCUCCUGGGCCGCAGGGUACCCGGACUCUCAGAGAGGGCCAAAGUGUGGCGCAACGUUCUCCGGCACCGAGACAUACCUUGGCUCAAGGACCACAGCCUAGGCGGCACAGCCAUCUUCCCGGCGGCGGGAUACCUUUCGAUGGCCACCGAGGCCUUGUGGCAGGUUCGCGAGAGCGCCGGCUUGCCCAUAAGCGCCGUCCAGCUUCAUCGCGUCGACAUUAUGAAGGCGCCUGCGCUCCCAGACGGCGACAGCGGCGAUAGCGGCGUUGACCAUUACGAUCUUAUGACUGACGUACAACGUCUUGAAAAGAAUUUGCCCGACAUCAUUCUUUGACGCAAGGUAGUGCUCCUAUU